GGGGGGUAGUUCGGCCUCUUGUAGUCAGGGUGAUUGAAUGCUCCGCCCUGGGUGUCCUUGACAAGAGAGAGAUGGCUUCUGCUACAAAAUUCAUCCAGAGGCUGCGGAACUGGGCGUCUGGGCAUAAUCUUCAAGAAAAACUACAGUUGCGGUAUACAGAAAUUGCUAGCAGGACUCCGCCACCUCCAGCUCUACCCGUGGGUCCAAGUCAUAAAUUUGCCAACAACUAUUAUUGUUCACGUGAUGGACGCAGAGAAGCUAUGCCUCCUUCAAUCAUUAUGUCUUCCCAAAAGGUUCUAGCUGCUGGAGAAACCUUAGUCAGCUCAGAUUCAGCGGUUUCAAAAGCUACAAAAAAGCCAGUGGCGCCUGGAAUCUGCCCUCCCAAAUGGGAAUUGUCAAGUGAUCAACCAUACCUGUGAACGCUUCAUGGAAGAUUUUUCAUAUUAAUCCUAUUAAACCUAAUAUUAGCUGUACUGUAAAAUAAAUAAACUCUGAAAGUAGGUUUCCUUUUUUUUCUUUAUUUUUCAUAAUGCAUAUCAAUCAUAAGAUAUAUACAGUAGCAUUGCAUAUGCCAAGCAUUAACAUUAGCUUUGAAAUUGUGGUUACUAUGAUUAUUUUCACCUUUUUAUCAUGCUACAUCUAAUCUAAACUUGUCAUCAUAUUUUUAUUCUGAAUAUGUAAGCCCAGUGAAUAUCUCCAUCAUCCAGUACCUUCAAAAUAUAUUUCUUGGCUUAUACUA